AUGAAGUGUAUGUAUGAUCUGGAAGCGCUGGAGGGCUUGCCGAAACUGAAGGAAAGGUGUAUGGUCAGCGUCAAUCAUGUGAAAGAUUUGAUUGUGGGACAUAGUGUGAAGAGAAUGAAGCUGGGUGAUAGUAGCUUUGAGAGCUCGGUUGCUGGUGAUUGUACCUGA